GAGUAGCAUAUAAGAAGCCUCGACCUUGGGAUUUCUCUCACAUCAUUCUCAAUCUGGCUCUCUAAGAAACAUGGCUGAAGAGGGUCAGGUUGUCGGCGUCCACACCGUUGAUGCGUGGAACCAGCAACUGCAGAAUGGAAAAGACUCCCAAAAAUUGAUUGUGGUGGAUUUUACUGCUUCCUGGUGUGGUCCAUGCCGUUUUAUUGCCCCAGUUCUGGCAGAGAUUGCUAGGCAUACUCCUCAAGUGAUCUUCCUCAAGGUGGAUGUGGAUGAAGUGAGGCCUGUUGCUGAGGAAUAUUCCAUUGAGGCCAUGCCAACCUUCCUCUUCUUGAAAGAUGGCAAGAUCGUGGAUAAGGUUGUUGGUGCUAAGAAGGAGGAGCUGCAACUCACCAUAGCCAAGCAUGUAUCUGCUGCUGCUGCUUCUUCUUGAAGUGAAGUAUCAUCAUAUGAAAGAAGAUCAAGAAUAAUGCAUUUUAAUGUUUUCAAGUCAGUUUGCAUGUUUUCUCUAUGGAUAUUGAGUUGGCAGAACAUUGAGUGAUGUAUAAAAAUAAAAUUGUUGCAUUGUCUUUUUUUCGUAUUAGCGAAUUAAUACAAUUUUAUGAAUAAGUAUGUGUGUGUUCUAUAUUUUUUUUAUCA